AUUUGUGCCUGGUAGCCUAGUGCACACACCUUGCAAGCAAUGACGCCAUGAGUCUGACUUCCAGCUCCAGCAUACAAGUUGAAUGGAUCGCAGCAUUUACUGCUGCUGCUGGGACAGCUGCAAUUGGUUAUCUAGCUUACAAAAGAUUUUAUGAUAAAGAUCGUCAAAAUAAAGCUAUGAUGAAUCUUCACUUCCAGAAAGGCAACCCCAAGAUAGUACAUGCUUUUGACAUGGAGGAUUUGGAAGAUAAAGCUGUGUACUGCCAUUGUUGGAGGUCUAAAAAGUUCCCAUUCUGUGAUGGGUCUCACACAAAACACAACGAACAGACUGGAGGCAACGUGGGGCUUCUGAUCAUCAAGAAAAAAGAAACUUAACUGGACACUUUUGAUGCUGCAUAUCAACUUAUUGUGAAGUUAACUGAUUGCUUAAUUAGAAUGAC